AUGACCGCGUCCACCCUGUCCGUCUGCUCCAGUGACCUGAGCUGCGGCAGCUGCGUCUCCCUGCCCGGCUCCUGGGACUCCUGCCCCGACUCCUCCUGGCAGGUGGACGACUGCCCAGAGAGCUGCUGCGAGCCCCCUUGCUGCACCCCCCCCUGCUGCACCCCCAGCUGUUGCCAGCCCCUCUGCUGCACCCCUGCCUGCUGCAAGCCCCUCUGCUGCACCCCUGUCUGCUGCAAGUCCCUCUGCUGCACCCCUGUCUGCUGCAAGUCCCUCUGCUGCACCCCUGUCUGCUGCAAGCCCCUCUGCUGCACCCCUGCCUGCUGCAAGCCCAUCUGCUGCACCCCUGUCUGUUGCAAGCCCCUCUGCUGUACCCUUGCCUGCUGCAAGCCCCUCUGCUGCACCCCUGUCUGUUGCAAGCCCCUCUGCUGCACCCCUGCCUGCUGCAAGCCCCUCUGCUGCACCCCUGUCUGCUGCAAGCCGCUCUGCUGCACCCCUGUCUGCUGCAAGCCCGUCUGCUGCACCCCUGCCUGCUGCAAGCCGCUCUGCUGCACCCCUGUCUGCUGCAAACCCUCCUCCUGCGUGUCCCUGCUCUGCCGGCCCGUGUGCAGGCCCGCCUGCUGCGUGCCCGCCUCCUCCUGCCACCCCAGCUGCUGCCGCCGGGCCUCCUGCGUGUCCCUGCUCUGCCGGCCCGUGGGCCCCCGCCAGGCCUGCUGUGUGCCCACCUCAGCCCAGAAGUCCUGCUGCUGA